AUGGUCUUUCAUGUAUCUGGUGUUCCUCUAACGCCAUCAACAACCGAGGAAAGCGUGGCGGCUAGCAGCAGUGCUCAAGGAAGCUCUCGUGAGCCUCUGCUCAAAACUCCAGGUUUGGCUGAAUCUGAAGACUCUAACUUGCCUUUGGUAUCGUCAGCAAAGAACCAUCGAAAUGGUCAACCCAGGAUACUGCCCCAUUUACCCGGUAUCAUUCCUCUUAAUGGACACAACCAACCAUCUGGAUGGCUAUGUUUUUACAAUGAUAAUCGUAACAAACAGUGCUUACAAAGUGAAGCAUUCAUUAAUAGUUUGAACUCAUUAGUUUCAAGAGUACAUGAAAUAUUGGAUCAUUUAAAUAUUAUACAUUUUCUAUGCUAUAAAACUCUUUGGGGGCAAAUACAACAUUCAAAUUUAUUUCCUUGGGCAGAGAAAGCUGAAAUAUGUCUCAAAUUAGAAGUAAACGAAAAAAUAAAUGAUACUGUACUGAUGAUCUUUGAAAAAUCAAAUUUGCAUGUCCAAUACAGCUCAGCGGAAGGCAAGUUUAUAAUAUCAGAUACUUUAAAACCUGGAGCGAUAUUGGAAAUAUUUAUUUUCAAAGAUAGCAAGAAGGUAAAUAUGCUACAUCGCACAGGCUGGAAACAUUUGAUACUUCCACCAAAUUGUGAGUGGGAAUCUUUAGAUUGUUUUCCAGCAUAUUUGGUGGAACCCCCUUUAUCUCAUGGAAUGCUAGGAAAAUCUAUGGUUCCUAUUCCAAGAGGAGGUAUUGAAAUACAAAAAUAUCAUUAUAAAUAUACUUGGUGGAAAAAAAUGGAAAGGCCUUGUUAG